AUGACCGAGAAAGACCACAUUGGGGUCCGGGAGAAAGGAGAGAUAAUAAUAGGCGAGGAGGGAUAUGUAUGUGAUGAUGAUGAUGAUGAUGAUGAUGAUGAUGAUGAUGAUGAUGAUGAUGAUGAUGAUGGGGAGGUGUUGGAUGAGACGUUAUAUGGUAUGGCUAAUUCAAGAGAAGGCGAAAAGAAGGGAGGAGGCGCGAGAAAGACUAGAGCAAAGGAUGAAGCUGACGGGAGUGGAAUGUGUCGCCUGGGCGUUGUCAGGAAUAGUAGCAGUGAGCUUCCAAAAAUUGAAGCGGAGGCUGUGCUCAUGGUCAAGAACUCAGGAGCCGAGGAUGGUUGA